CGCAGAAUUGUUGUACUGUGUGAAGUGACUGCAUUGGCAGAUAUAUGUCCUUGGCGUCAAAUCUAUCUACCUUCUCUCUGUAAAAAAUUGUAACAAAUAUAAAAAUAUAUUGGGCCUACCUAGCUAUGAGGGCACUGUAGGUAUAGUGCAUGGUGUGAUGUAUGUUGAGUAGAUAUAUAGAUAGAUAGGGAGAGUAAGAAGCAUCUCAAAGCUAUUCUGGGAGCUGGGAUUAAGAGAAAAGAAAGGGUUAUAGUCUCAUAUCAUAUACACACAGAUCCCAAUGCAAUGCAAUGGAAUGGAAUGAAGUGGGUUCUCCUCAGCUCAGACACAAUUCAUUCUUUUUGUUUCAAUAGAACUCAACACACUUGGAAAUGAAGUGGAUCAACAGUGAUAGUAACAAUCAUCACGCCUGGUUGGGCUUCUCUCUCUCACCCCAUCACAUGAAAUUCGACCUUCCUAAUUCUUCUUCUUCUUCUACUACUACUACUUCUUCCUCCUCCUCCUGCGGUGGAGAUCACAGUGCUGCCUUUCAUUCUCAGUUGAGCGUGAUGCCUCUCAAGUCAGACGGUUCACUUUGCAUCAUGGAAGCUCUCACUAGAUCACAUCAAACGCAACAAGUGAUGGUUGGUAGUUCGUCUCCGAAGCUGGAAGACUUUCUGGGUGGUGCAAGCAUGGGAACACACGAAAGAGAGGCCAUUGACACUAUCUACUACCCUCCUCAUAGAGGCUUUCUCUCAGAGCCUUUGAGGCAUCCACCAUAUUACUCCUUUGCCUGCCAUGGCAUGUACCAAGCACCACCCCCAACAAUGCCCCACAUAGCAGAAGCAGAAGAAGAAGAAGAAGAAGGCAUUGAUGGAUUCAAGAAGUGGGUGGAGCAGCAGCAGCAGCAACAGUCGCUGAGUCUGUCAAUGAGUCCAGGGUCGGAGUCAAGUUGUGUAACAGCUGCGAAGCAUGAGAAUGGGAAGAGUGAGUCGUCGGUGGUGGCAGUAACAGUAAUGGAGAAUAGCAACAAGAAGAGAGGGCUAGCUAACAAGCAACCAGUUCACAGAAAAUCCAUUGACACUUUUGGUCAGAGAACUUCUCAGUAUCGAGGCGUCACCAGGCAUAGAUGGACUGGUAGAUACGAAGCACAUUUAUGGGAUAACACUUGCAAGAAGGAAGGCCAAACUAGGAAAGGAAGACAGGUGUAUUUGGGGGGUUAUGAUAUGGAACAAAAAGCUGCAAGAGCCUAUGAUCUUGCUGCCCUUAAGUACUGGGGACCUUCAACCCACAUCAAUUUUCCGUUGGAAAAUUACCAAGCGGAACUUGAGGAGAUGAAGAACAUGACCAGGCAGGAAUAUGUCGCCCACUUGAGAAGAAAAAGCAGUGGAUUUUCUAGGGGUGCUUCAAUAUACAGAGGGGUGACAAGACAUCAUCAACAUGGAAGAUGGCAAGCAAGGAUUGGCAGAGUUGCUGGGAACAAGGACCUUUACCUUGGGACAUUCAGCACUCAAGAGGAGGCAGCAGAAGCAUAUGAUGUAGCAGCAAUCAAGUUCCGUGGUUCCAAUGCAGUUACAAACUUUGACAUAUCAAGAUACGACGUGGAAAGAAUCAUGGGGAGUAACACUUUGCUUGCAGGGGAGCUAGCUAGGCGAAACAACAAAGAUACUGCUAUUGACCCACCAAGAUGGGAGGCCAUUGAAUACAACACGAAUGUGGAAGCAGUUCAAGCUAGAAACAACAACAAUGACAAUACUAAUAAUAACAAUGAUGUUGAUUCAAACUGGAAGAUGGUUUCUGGUGGUGCUUUCUCUGUGGGGAUACAUGAUCUGAUUGGGAUUGAAGGGCAGCAGCCAUUGAUGGAGGCUUCUUCGCUUGUGACCAGCCUAAGCAGCUCAAGAGAGGCUAGCCCUGAAAAAAUAAUGGGUCCCUCGUCAAUGAUGUUUCCAAAACCUCUUCAACUUGAACCCAAGAUGGUUCUUAACAACCCCUUAACUAGUACUGGUGUUGUUGGAUCUUGGUUCCCUUCUCAAAUGAGGCCAGCUUCUUUGUCUCACUUGCCUGUUUUUGCUGCUUGGAACGAUACCUAGAAUGACAUAUUCCCUUCUCUUUCUUUGUUACAAUGUCACGUUUGCAUGUAGAAAAAGAAAAUUGUUAUUAUUGGGGACAAAAAGGUGGGGUUUCAAGCGACAUCUCUAUUUUGCAAAGACAUUAGUGGGAGAAUUUGGGGGAAUUAAUUAGCCUUAUUGUUGUUGUUAUUAUCUUAUUAUUAUAUUAAAUUAAUGUCAUCUUUAUGUACCAAA